GCCAGCCGCGCCUCCGCAGCUACAGCUGAUGAUGGCUAAUGCUACGGAACUUAGCAAACAGCUAGCGGUGUAGCAACGUUAAAAUGUGUACGAGGUGUUAGGUAGUCGUACAAUGAGUGUGAUUCAUUAGAGUUCAGCAAAGGAGUGUUAAGGAUCAUGAACGGGUCAUGUUAGUGAUCCCCUGUACUCCACCGGCGUUUGAGUAUCGCGUGUAGCUCAAUGCUAAUCACGUUAGCUUGCUUGUGUAGUUUGACAGUAGGAUCAGAGGAGUGUCCAGCUAAACGGGCUAACAGCUAGCUGCUGAGCUACAACACAACGUAGCUACUAGUUAGCUGUCUGUUUAGUGAACUAUCCGGGCGAGCACGAUUGAUUGUAUAUACUGCUGUUUUUCAAGUAGUAACAACCCAUCCCAGCCCUGGAUGAGAACUGGACCUGAGCCUUGGCUGUAUAUGAUGCUCAGAACUUUUUUUCGUUGCAUCACCUGAGCUCUACUGGUUCAUUUACCUGGCAUUAUUAAUCACUAACCAAUCACACAUCUCUGCUUGGCAACAGUAUGAUCGUUCACGCUGACCCCACCCAGCCCUCUGGGACAAGAAUAUCCCAAAAUCAAGCUCUCCAAAUGAUAUGAUAGUAGCCACCUGGAUCACUUUUUGUGCUUGCAGGAGCCUUGCACGGGUUCUGCUCUUCCUUUCCUCCUCCAACUGCCUUUCUCCAUUCAGGGAGACCCUUGCAAGUGUGGUCUCCGGCACUGGAAACAUGGGUAACAGCUGUGUGUGCCGGGAGGAUAGUGACCUCGAAGAUCACCAUGGCUCGUCAAGGGCAACUCGAGGACAGGCUAGGCGGGUGGAUCACGGUACAGGCGUGGGUGUUGAUGCCGCAGAAGUGAGGAGCAGUAGACCCAGGGACCCGGUCAGGCCUCCACGCCGAGGGCGAGGGCCCCAUGAACCAAGACGGAAGAAGCAGAAUGUGGAUGGUCUGGUGCUGGAUACACUGGCUGUCAUCAGGACACUGGUAGACAAUGACCAAGAGCCCCCUUACUCCAUGAUCACUUUGCAUGAGAUGGCUGAGACGGAUGAUGGUUGGCUGGAGGUUGUCCAGUCUCUGAUUCGAGUGAUCCCAUUGGACGACCCACUUGGCCCUGCAGUGAUAACCCUUCUGUUGGAUGAAUGCCCGCUGCCCACCAAGGACGCUCUCCAGAAACUGUCUGACAUGUUGAGUCUGAGUUCGGCUGUGGCACGACAGGACGCUCUGAUCCCGGCCAAACACAGAAACACCACAGCUGUCCUCGGAUGCCUGGCAGAGAAACUGGCUGGUCCGGCUAGUAUCGGAUUGUUGAGCCCUGGAACCCUCGAGUACCUUCUAGAAAGCCUGAGCUCGGAGGCACACCCGACGGUCAUGCUGUUUGCUCUCAUCGCUCUGGAGAAGUUCUCCCAGACCAGUGAGAACAAAUUGACAGUGUCUGAGUCAUGUAUUAGCAAUCGACUCGCUGUCCUGGAGUCGUGGGCCGAGCAUCCUGACUACCUGAAAAGGCAGGUUGGGUUCUGCUCACAGUGGAGCCUUGACAACCUGUUCCUUAAAGAUGGUCGUCAGUUCACAUACGAGAAGGUCAACCUCACCAAUAUCAACGCCAUGCUCAACAGCAACGAUGUGAGCGAGUACCUCAAGAUCUCCCCGACUGGACUAGAGGCACGAUGUGACGCCUCGUCCUUUGAGAGCGUGCGAUGCACAUUCUGCGUUGAUUCAGGCAUUUGGUACUACGAGGUGACGGUCAUCACGUCGGGUGUGAUGCAAAUCGGAUGGGCCACCAAGGACAGCAAGUUCCUCAACCAUGAGGGCUACGGGAUAGGAGACGAUGAAUACUCAUGUGCGUACGAUGGCUGCAGGCAGCUCAUCUGGUACAACGCUCGCAGUAAACCUCACUCUCACCCCUGCUGGAAGGAAGGAGAUGCUAUUGGCUUCCUGUUGGACCUCAGCAAGAAGCAGAUGAUCUUCUAUCUGAACGGACAUCAGCUGCCACCAGAGAAACAGGUCUUCUCCUCCGCCACGUCCGGUUUCUUUGCGGCAGCCAGCUUUAUGUCGUACCAGCAGUGCGAGUUUAACUUUGGGGCCAAGCCUUUCCGUCACCCACCUUCGGUCAAGUUCAGCACCUUCAAUGACUUUGCCUCUCUGCUGCCCAGUGAAAAGAUCAUCCUGCCCAGACACCGGCGUUUAGCCUUACUAAAGCAGGUUAGCAUCCGAGACAACUGCUGCACGCUUUGUUGUGACGUCAUGGCCGACACGGAACUGCGGCCCUGUGGACACGGUGGUAUGUGUAUGGAGUGUGCCUUACAGUUAGAGACGUGCCCCCUGUGCCGCCAGGACAUCCAGACGCGCGUCAGACUCAUAGCACAUGUCUCCUGACAAACCUCCGGCCCCUUCUCCUCCACGGAGAGACACACAAGCCCAACCGCCUCCUCCUCCUCCUCCUCCUCCUCCUCCUCCUCCUUUAAUCCCCUCUCACCCAGCAGGGCUGGAAGGACGGCCUCACUAUGUGUUCAUGAUGCCACUGUGACUUCUGGUCAGAGGAAGCGGAGAGAAGAAAAAAAGGAGAUUAGAGGAGGGUGAAAUAAACCAGCUGGAAUCCACCCAUUUACAUACUUCACCUCUUUUGUACAACUCACUGCAGAAGCUGGGCAAGGAAGCAUCAACGUACUACCAACAGUCAGAAAAAGAGAGCUGGAGACAAAUAAUUUAACGAGACUACAGACGGAACAAAGCUCUAAUCUGAAAACCCCUGCGUCGAGUUCUUAGUCAUUCUUUCCAUGAUAUGAAGAUCUCACUGCGCUUUCAGCUCAGAAGCUACUACUAUUUAAUCCCAUUGUCGUCAAGCACACGUCUGCAGAUCUGAAAGGGCCGGUGGUAGAGGAGAACACAGCCUGUAGUACACUAUUAAACCCAAGGUACAGAUACAUUUUAGAUAGUCCCAUCUAUAUGUUUUUGGGUAUAGAUAAACAAAUUCUGGUGUUCUCUACGUAGCAUUUCCAUUCUUUUUUCUCAAGGUUAUACCAACUCCUAUCCUUUGGUCAGCUUCACUGUCUUUGCUAAUUGAUCGCCCACUGGUAGAGUUUGAAAAAAUAUGUUAUCGGGUAAAAUAUCAAAUUUAUCUCUUGGUGUCAUAAAGCUUUAAAGUUCCACAAAGAGUUUCUGCUUUGGUUUACAAUGUAAAAUUAAAUCAGCUGUCAUGCAACCAAAAACGUUCUUGACAAAAUGUAUGUUUUACAGCCAGUUGAAAACUUGAAUCUGUAUUGGAAGUCCUUUUUAAGCACGACUGACCCUGCUGCUUAUUGCGCUUUAUUGUCUUUGCUCAGAUGUUGGUAUUUCCUCAGUCUCUGUCCUGUCUGUAACAACCACAACAAAGGAAUACAACAAGAUUAGAAUUUACCGAAAGUUAAUCUGCAAAUGUAAUCCACCAGUUCCCCCAGCAUCCCCCACUUAAAAGUGCUUAUGUUCUAAGAACCAGUGAGGAGGAAGUAUACAAAUUUAAUUUCCACCGACACCUUCUGAAUUUAUCUUGGAUUGCUUGAUUGGUGCUAACAAUUUGGCAACAGUUCGUAAUUUAGCUUCACCAUGAGUCAGCCUCAGCUGAAGGGCAUCAUAAGUAAAUAUGUCUUAAUUUUUAUUUGUCAUAACAAACACAUGCGUCUGUAUUAAGACGAUUUUUCUCAAACUCCAAGAUGUGAUUUCAUUUUGUAUUAUAAUGAUGGUGAACGCUGAUGUAGAGACUUGACAGUGUUGUAUUAGCCGAUCAGUAAAUUGUUUAAAACAAAUGUGAAAUGUUGAAGUGAAUCCUUUUUCAUCAAUACCAGUUUACUAAAUAUCACAGGGCCAUCUUAAAAUGCAGUGAAACUACCCCAAACAGUGAAAUUACCAGUGUGGGAUUCAGUACAGAAUUUGUAUUUAUUUUCUCUCUGAUUGGCAGCGUAUUGUUCAAUAUAUCUUUAAGAUUAAGUCAAAUUUGGUUGCCCUCUUUGUGGUUCAAAUAACUUAUAAGCUUAUUAUAUAAGCACAUAUCUGCUCUCAUGUCCUCCCUUUCUUCAUAAACCUCAUGCUUUCUGUUGUUUUUCUGUCCAUCUCUUACUUGAAGCAUCUCUGGGUUGACUGAAUGAUAUUUUGGAAAUGGGUGAUAAAAUAAGAGAGUUUGUUAUUCUAGAAGAACUAAUUGUACAAUUACAAAAAAAAACAAUGACAUUUCAAAUGACCACAAUGAAUAAUUCUGAAUUUAUUUUGGACACACUGUUGUUGACAGACUUAUUACUCCACCAAAUAGCAUGAACAGGAUCUGUGAAAUCAUUCAGAUUAUAAUGUACGGAUUUCUGAAGGGUAAAAUGCAUCUCUCAGCAGGAAAAAAAAAAACUGGUUUGCUAUCUUGUAUUUCCUGGAGCACCUUAUACUGUAAAUGCAGGGGAGAGAAAUUAUAUGUUAGUCUCUUCGGUUGGAAAUUAAGUUCAGGAUUGUAUAUAAUAAGUUGUGGGUUGUAUUUAAAACAUCGAUAAAGGACUUUUGCCCUAGAGUUCCCAAAGAUGUGACUGAUGAAUUGUUGUUUCCUGGAUUGUGAUAUUUGUAAUAAAUGUAUGUUUAUGUGA